CGGAGUGGGGAGGAGAGGUCGGACGGUCCCGGAGCGCGGAGAGACCGACUCUCUGGCGGCGCUGGCGGCGGCGGUGGCAGCGAGUUCAUAUGGGAAGGUCAUUGGGUGAGCCUCUUCUCUGUUUCCAGCUGGCCUUUCUGAUUCACCUCACGGUUUAAAACCUGGAGACAGUGGACCACACAAAGCCUUGCUGAUUUUGGAGAACAAGAAUCAUCAAAGAUGUCCAGCAAGACGGCAAGCGCCAACAGCACCGCCCAGGCCAAGAGAACUGUGCAGCAGCUGAGACUGGAAGCAUCCAUCGAAAGAAUAAAGGUCUCAAAAGCAUCUGCAGACCUGAUGUCAUACUGUGAGGAGCAUGCCCGGAGCGACCCUCUGUUGAUGGGCAUACCAACCUCAGAAAACCCAUUCAAGGAUAAGAAGACCUGCAUCAUCUUAUAGUGGACCGGGAAGCACCCCUCGCCUCUUAACGCAAACCACAGCAGCAACCUGAAGAGAUGCCUUCGGCAUACCCGGUAACCACAGCUAGUAACUAAGCCGCCCUUCUCUUGGAGUAACAGACCCCAAAGUCUCUCUUUUCCAAGUGUCCUUUCUUUGCCCUUUACUGAUUUAAUACAGAAUAACUAUCUUCUUUUCUAUUUGGUAACUAUGGUAUCAUAUUGGGUUACUGUAUAAGGAAAGUGGCAGGGGGCAGGGGAAGCUUGUCUUAUAUAAUUGAUUAAGAUAUGUCAAGACUGAAAUUGUCCAAGCAUCGGCAAAUUAAAAUGUCAAGAAUCA